UAUGGCAAAAUCUUAAGGGCCGUUGCUAAAAUGCCACAAGAUGCCGCCUAUCGCAAAUACACUGAACAAAUUGUUCAACAACGUUCAAAAGCUGUGGAAGCCAACAAAGAUAUCACAGCUUUAGAGAAAGCAAUUGGCUGUGGUCAAGUCGAGGAAUUGAUUGUCCAAGCCGAAAAUGAAUUGGUUCUGGCUCGUAAAAUGUUGGGCUGUAUGACUUCCAUGCUAUGA